AGAAUUCCUUAGGAAUGAACCUCGAAUUGCUCGAAUCCUUUGGGCAGAAUUAUCCGGAGGAAGCUGAUGGCACCUUGGAUUGUAUCAGCAUGGCCUUGACAUGCACCUUUAAUAGGUGGGGCACGCUGCUUGCAGUUGGCUGUAAUGAUGGUCGAAUUGUCAUCUGGGAUUUCUUGACAAGAGGCAUUGCUAAAAUAAUUAGUGCACACAUCCAUCCAGUCUGUUCUCUAUGCUGGAGCCGAGAUGGCCACAAGCUCGUCAGUGCCUCCACGGACAACAUCGUGUCGCAGUGGGAUGUCCUCUCGGGAGACUGUGACCAAAGGUUCCGCUUUCCUUCACCCAUCUUAAAAGUCCAGUAUCAUCCACGAGACCAGAACAAAGUUCUCGUGUGUCCCAUGAAAUCUGCUCCUGUCAUGUUGACCCUUUCAGAUUCCAGGCACGUCGUUUUGCCGGUGGAUGACGACUCAGAUUUGAAUGUGGUUGCAUCUUUUGAUAGGAGAGGGGAAUAUAUCUACACGGGAAAUGCAAAAGGCAAGAUUUUGGUCCUAAAAACAGAUUCUCAGGAUCUUGUUGCUUCCUUCAGAGUAACAACUGGAACGAGUAAUACCACUGCCAUUAAAUCAAUAGAAUUUGCCAGGAAGGGAAGUUGCUUUUUAAUUAACACAGCAGACCGAAUCAUCCGAGUUUAUGAUGGCAGAGAAAUCUUAACCUGUGGGAGAGAUGGAGAGCCUGAGCCCAUGCAGAAAUUACAGGAUUUGGUGAAUAGGACGCCAUGGAAGAAAUGUUGCUUUUCUGGGGAUGGAGAAUACAUAGUGGCGGGCUCAGCCCGGCAGCAUGCCUUGUAUAUCUGGGAGAAGAGCAUCGGCAACCUGGUGAAGAUUCUGCACGGGACCAGAGGAGAGCUACUUUUGGAUGUGGCUUGGCAUCCUGUUCGACCGAUCAUAGCAUCUAUUUCUAGUGGAGUAGUAUCUAUCUGGGCACAAAAUCAAGUAGAAAAUUGGAGUGCGUUUGCUCCAGAUUUCAAAGAGUUGGAUGAAAAUGUAGAAUAUGAAGAAAGGGAAUCAGAAUUUGAUAUUGAAGAUGAAGAUAAGAGUGAGCCUGAGCAGACAGGGGCAGAUGCUGCUGAGGAUGAAGAAGUGGAUGUCACUAGUGUGGACCCUAUCGCUGCCUUCUGUAGUAGUGAUGAAGAGCUGGAAGAUUCAAAGGCUCUAUUAUAUUUACCCAUUGCUCCUGAGGUAGAAGACCCAGAAGAAAAUCCAUAUGGCCCUCCUCCAGAUGCAGUACAAACAUCUUUGAUUGAUGAAGGGGCUAGUUCCGAGAAGAAGAGGCAGGCUUCAGCAGAUGGCUCCCAGCCACCCAAGAAAAAACCCAAAACAACCAAUAUAGAACUUCAAGGAGUACCCAAUGAUGAAGUCCAUCCACUACUGGGUGUGAAGGGGGAUGGCAAAUCCAAGAAGAAGCAAGCAGGCCGGCCAAAAGGAUCAAAAGGUAAAGAGAAAGAUUCUCCAUUUAAACCGAAACUCUACAAAGGGGACAGAGGUUUACCUCUGGAAGGAUCAGCGAAGGGUAAAGUGCAGGCGGAGCUCAGCCAGCCCUUGACAGCAGGAGGAGCAAUCUCAGAACUGUUAUGAAGACCUGAUGUUUCCUUGCUCUUCCUGCUUUGCCGUCUUGUGGCCUCUGGACACUUGUCAGUCAUUUGAGACUGACUAAUCUGAAACAAAGGCCUCUGCCUCUCCCCAGGAGGUGGAAGGAGUGAAUUUUAUGUUUGGAUGAAGAAGUGAAUUAUGGAAGAAGAGCACAUGUCCCAUCUACUUUAAGCAUAGUCCAAAUAAACUCUCAGGAAUGAGGAUUUGUGAAGACAUCAUCAAAUGGGAGUUUUGACUCAUUUAGACUUCAGUGCAUAGUUAUGUUGCUGGAGAAAGAUUCCUGCUUUGCUCAUCAAACUUGAUUAUGCCCAGCAUCAUUCUAAUCUUCUAACCAAUCAUUUUCUGUCUCCUGUUUGCUCCCAUCCUCAGUGUAUAUCCUUGAGUGACUGGUUCUUAUCUGAAAUUCUGCUUCCCGUGCCCUAGAAAACUUCUGUUGUAUAUUAUUCUUUCUUCCAGUUUAAAACUUACCCUCUCGGCUGGUCCGAUGGCAGUGGUUUAUUAGAAUGUAUUAACGUUAGUAUAACCCCCCCCCCACUGCUCAAUUUGACUGGCUUAAAAAAAAAAACUUACCCUCUCACCAGAUUCCUCCUUUAUAUCUCUAUGGUGUACAAAGGGUGGGCAGAAAAGUGCUGAAAGAUUUCAGAUUUUCAGAAAGGAAAGAUCAGAAAGAAAGGCUUCCUUUUGCUAAUGACCCCAUUUUACUCUAGAAGCUGGGCUGGAAGAAGGGCAGGAAUUGUCCUUCUUUUCCUUUUAUUGCAUGUUUUUCUCCAGUGUUGCUCGGUUUAUUCUCAUUAAUAAUCAUGGUUUUUGAAGAUAGCUGUAGAUCUGUCUCCAGCAAAUAAUCAUCAAAAGUGCUUGAUCUGUGCUGGCUUCCAGAGAUGGAAACAAGCCAGUUAUGUCUCAGCAAGCUUCAUUUUUUUAUUGGGGUGGGAAAUCUAUGCAAGGACUAACGUAAAACUGUCCAGAAUCAAAGCAGCGACAACACAGUUCACAUUAAAGAUCACGGAAAGAAAUUCUGUUAUUGCUUGUGAGCUGCCCUGUGAGUCUUCACAUGACCCCUAUUGUCUCAGUGACCCUCUUCCAGGCUCCCAUGUUUUCAGUCACUUCCUUUCUGUGAAAGGUUGCUUAGCUUUUAAGAAAAUUUUAUUUUUACUUUUUGCUUUUAUUAUUCCUUAUAUAAGAAAUAGCAGCAGGUUGGGUGGAUCUGGACUUGAGGUGUUUGAAAUGCUCUAAAAAAUAUUGGAGGAAAGAAGCCAGGGGUGGAAAGGGCUCACCAAGCUCCCAUGUGGCUUUUCACCAGCGGGGCAUGCUUGGCCACAGCCUCUUUUUCACAGGCCAGCAGACACUGUGCUUAUUGCAGAAUCAGGCAGCAGGAGGUGCUCUGAUGGGUGCUCGGCAAACCAGUUGAUUGCCUUUGAGAUCUGAAGAUAGAAAUCAAUGCAGACAUCUCAGGUCGACCUUUCAUUAUUAUGACAUUAUCAUUUAGAACUCAAAGUAACUUAGUGAAAGAUUACUCUCAAACUCUUUUCAUGUGUCACUAGCUGAGCUAGGUAGGUGGUUCAUUGUUUUUAGUUUUGCAGAUACUUUUUCACUUCAUUUCUCUAAUCUCUACCCUGCCUGGCAUAUGGGCUGUAGAGUUACUAUAGAGAUUUCUGCCUUAUUCUAUGUGUGCAGCAGUUUGAUGCCCUGUGCAUUUGGACGUUAAUUGCUACUGCAUCCAUCUUCUAAGCUGGUCCCUGGGAAUAGAGGGCAGGCCUGGCAGCUUGGCUCUGGCUGCAGCUCCUAAUACUUAUUUAUGCUUUGGAACUUUUUCUUUACUUAUUUCAGUUGGAAUCUCCAUUUGUACAGUAUAUGCUUGUUCAUUUCCCUUUUGUCACUCCUUUUUCUCCGUUUUGUUUUUUAAUGUUCUGUAGUUUUGUACGAGAUGAGACAGCCUUGAGUACUUCUUGCUGAAGCUUUAAUGCUUUGUAAAUAAAAUUGAUGUUU